GCGGCCGUGUGUUUCUGCACGGGAACAUUUGGUGGCUGGUAAACGUCAGGACCAGCUGGUAUGCUGCUAGCUUAGCUUUAGCUCCCUGUGUGUGACGGUGUCAGAGUUCCUCCACCUGUUCCUGCUCCACCUGUUCCUGCUCCAACACCAGUCAGUCAGGGGUCAGACAUGGACAACGACCAGCAGUCCAAAGAGAGCACGGACCGGUCCGACCUGGUGUCUGAGGACGGGAAGAACAGCAAGUCUGUGGUGUGUCAGAGAUGCGGGUCCAAGGUGCUGUGUCCGGGGAUGGCUGUGCUGGUGGAGAAAGAGCUGUUCUUACCAUCCAUGCGGAAAAAGAGCGGCCCCAGCACCACAGAGGGAUCAGUGGACGGGGACACUCUGACCACCCACUGGUUUGUGCAGGACAUGUUCGAUUUUGAUAACGUGGGCUUCACGAAGGACGUGGGCAAGAUCAAGUAUCUCAUCUGUGCAGAUUGUGAGAUCGGACCAAUCGGCUGGCACUGUUUGGAUGACCUAACGAGUUACUACGUGGCCGUGGAAAGGGUGAAUCAUGCAUAGUCGAAAUGCAUACAAGAACUUUAAAAACAAAUGUGUUGGCAGGCUAUGCAUCUUUUCAUGGAUUUACACCAUCUCUCACACACACACUUACAUAUGAUGUUAUGUGUACAUUUUUUUUAUGAUAACAGGACUUCCAUUCCCCUCUCUCACACUGACAACAGUACGACCAUGCCGAUCUAAUAAAGUUGUUUUUGUGGAAGCCGAUGUUGAAUGGCAUCCUGCGGCUGUUUCCUGGACAGUGUGAUGCUGAAGUUCACUUCAUCUGAGUGUCCUGUAACCUACAAAAAUUACAAGAUGAAGACUGUUUCUGUGUUUACCAUGUGUGGAAUUCAUCUGUAAUAAUAAAAAUAAUAAUCCUAAAAUA